AUGGCUGCCAAGAGACUCAAGAUUGCCGUUCUAGACGACUACCAAAGGGCGUCUGAGCCAUACUUGGCAAAGUUCAAGGACGACCAUGAGAUUGUCUACUUCCCAGAUACCCUGCCGCCAUAUAACGGCGCAGACACCCCGCAGUCAGUUAAAGACGCUCUGGUAAAGAGACUUGAGCCAUUCAACGUCAUCAGCACCGUAAGAGAGCGGACGCCAUUUCCCGCCGAACUGGUGAACCAGCUACCCAAUCUCCAGCUCCUCCUAACCCAGGGACGACGAAAUCUAUCGCUAGAUCUGGAUGCCUUCAAAGCCCGGGGCAUUCCCAUCGCCACAGCAAUCCACAAUCAUGCCACCGUGGAAAAUGCCGUUGAGAGCACGGUCGAGCACAUUGUGACCAUGAUCCUGGCCCUCGCGCGCAACAUCGCAGACGACGACGCGGGCGUCAAGGCGGGCAUCUGGCAAAGCGGCCUCUGCACAUCCUUGUCCGGCAAGACGCUGGGCAUAGUCGGACUGGGCCGUCUGGGCGGUGCCGCCGCGAGGAUCUUCCACCUUGGCUUUGGCAUGAAGAUCAUCGCCUGGAGCCAAAAUCUGACUCAGGAAAAGGCCGAUGAGCAGGCCGCUUACUUCAGGCUGCCAGCGACAACUGCUGAUGGGGAAAAGACGUUCAAGGCUGUCAGUCGGGAGGAGCUCUUCAAGACCGCCGACGUCGUCAGCUUGCACGUCGUGCUCUCGGACCGCACCCGGGGCUUUGUUACAUCCAACGAUUUAGACCUGAUGAAGCCGUCAUCCUUCUUCGUCAAUACUUCGAGAGGCCCGCUCGUUGUCGAACAGGAUCUACUCAACAUCGCCAAGGCUGGAAAGAUCCGAGGCGUCGGGCUCGAUGUGUUCUGGAAGGAGCCUCUUCCUCCUGACAGCGAGUGGAGGAAUCCCAACUGGGGCAAGGAUGGCACCAGCCAUGUACUGCUCACGCCUCACACGGGCUACGUUGAGGAGGAGGCUAUCGCAGGGUUUUAUGAGCAGGCUGCUAAGGACUUGGAGGCGUGGAUUGCAGGGAAAGAGCUGAGCGACCGGCUUGCAUAG